AUUUUGGGUGCCUGUGCAUGCGUAGAAGGCUCUGUGGCCCGCUGUAAUGUACUGCAUCCUCAUUUUAGGUGCUUGUGCAUGCGGAAGCAGCACCCUAUGAGCCCAGGAAUUAUUUCUCAGUGUUGUUUUAUCAGAAGAGCUCCUGUGUGAAUGGAAGAAAUGAGAGCUGCUGCAAAGUGAGUGGAAGGGUUAAGGGAUCCCUCUGUGGCUGCUCUCAGCAGACAUCCCUCCCCCAUUCACAUUACCUGACAGAGAUUAUGGGUUGCCUUCUGGCAGCCAGACAACUGCUUUGUUGUGCUGGGUGCCUGGCCCGAGUUGUAUGAAGGCAGAGGAAUGACAGGGAGGUGCGAUAGUCUGGCCGCUCCUCCUCUCCUCCGCACAGCAGUCCUGUGUGUGUCCUUUCUUGUGUGGGAAGAUUUGGAUACAGCUGCCGGUGAUCCUGCCUCUGGAGCACACAUCCACGUCGAGAGGCUGCGAUUGGAUCUCUCUGCUUUAUAUUGCAUGCAUAUUAUUUCUGGUGAUCCGCCAGCUGGAAUAUUGAAUGGAAUGUGAAAGGAGCUGCAGGACUGUGCAGGAUAAGUGGGAGCUCUGCUGACACAAGCUUGUUAUGGCAUCGUGCAAGUGCCAACCGGACCGUGGUUUUGUCGAAAAUGUGAAUCUCAGGAAAGAGCAGCCAGAGUGAGAUGUGAAUUGUGUCCCCAUAAAGAUGGAGCAUUAAAGCGCACUGAUAAUGGGGACUUGUUAUAUUUGUGAUGAACAAGGGAGAGAGAGCAAAGCUGCUACUGGGGCUUGUAUGACCUGCAAUAAACAUGGAUGUCGACAAGCCUUUCAUGUCACUUGUGCACAGUUUGCUGGCCUUCUUUGUGAAGAGGAAGGAAAUGGAGCAGACAAUGUCCAGUACUGCGGUUACUGCAAAUACCACUAUAGCAAACUGAAGCAUAAGGAAAAAGAAAAGCACAGACAGAAAUCCAGAAAGCAAAUGGAGCCUUUGGCAUCAUUAGUCCCUUCUCUGACUGUGACUACUGAAAAGGCCUAUACCAGCAGCGCCAACAACAAUAACAACUCUGUCACAAGCUCAGUAAAGCGUUUGGAGGAAACAACAGCGCGGUUUACAAAUGCAAAUUUCCAGGAGGUUUCUGCACAUCCCUCAAGUGUGAAAGAUGCACUGGAAGCACGCACGUCAGAGGGCAAAACAAAGAAGACUGCAAGCCCCAACUCCAUGCAAAGAGGACGCAAGUCUGCUGGUGCAAGGAAUUCUACAGGAUCUGCCGCAGCUACCAGUCCAUUCCAACAAGGCAGCUUUUCGGGGACACCCGGCAGUGUUAAGUCGUCUUCUGGAAGUUCUGUUCAGUCACCCCAAGACUUUUUGAGUUUUUCUGAGUCAGAAAUGCGAACUGAUACCUAUCACCAUCCUCAGCAGGCGCUGCCAACUAAAGACAUUCUUAAAGGGGAGGCAGCUUUGCAGGAAGGGACAGUAAACGCUUUCAGUUCCCUCAUGGGCCUUUCAACAAAUCCAGUUAUGUCCUUCCAGACCAAAAACUUUGAUGGUGUUUCUGGGGAUUUCACAAAUACAGGACUUUCUGUAUCGGGAUAUAAGCGGGUACAAUCCUCCAUGAUGGAAGAGGAUACAGUAAAAGAGAAGAAGCGAAGAGGAAAUAAACAAACUAAGCAGGGGCCCGGACGGCCAAAAGGAAGCAAGAAUCAGGACACGGCGUCCCAACUCUCUGUAUCCUCAGCCUCCCCCACGUCCUCCGUGGCCUCUGCAGCAGGAAGCACAGCUAGUUCUGGCCUUCAGAGGUCUCCUACGAUGCUCAGGAAUGGCAGCCUGCAGAGUCUAAGUGUGGGCUCAUCUCCUGUCGGUUCAGGCAUUUACAACAGCAAUGAUGUAGCGGCAUCCGUUCCCAAUGCCUUGUCUGGAUCCAGCACCCCAGUGUCCAGCUCCCAUAUGUCACAGUAUGCUGCCAAUUAUCUACCGCCAGGAGGAGCCUCGUCCCCACUACCCUCCUUAUCAACUGCUGCUCCUGCCAGCACUACUACAACUCAGUUGAAGAUGAAAUUUGCGUGUGCGUAUCCCAAGUUCGACCCUGAAUUGAGCAUCUGUGCCGAAAAAAGCCAGCCCAAGUUUUACAUUAAGGAAGUAUCAUCUCUUCCAGGGUCCUUAAUGACCGUUACGUCAUCUCCUUUCGGUGGAAACAGGCUGAAUCCAACCUCUUCUGCUGGAUCCAUUGUAGCGCCAGCUGAAAACAGCCAACCAGACCAAGAUCUAGGAGACAAUGGGCGCAGUCUGGCUCUGAGGGGAACCUCCCCUAGAGGAAGCCUAUCUCCGCGGUCUCCUCUGAACAGCUUUUCCGGUCGCUAUGAACAGUCGGGGAAUGGUAGCGGAGAGAGCGUUCCUUCGGCAGUUACAAGUAUAGAGCAGCUGCUGGAGAGACAGUGGAGUGAAGGACAGCAGUUCUUACAGGAGCAAGGGACCAGCAGUGACAUUUUAGGUAUGCUGAAAUCCCUUCAUCAGUUGCAAGUGGAGAACCGGCGACUGGAGGAGCAAAUAAAAAAUCUGAAUGCCAAAAAAGAGCGUCUUCAGCUCCUCAAUGCCCAGCUGUCUGUUCCCUUCCCAUCCAUUACCUCCAACCCAAACUCCUCUCCCCAAGUGCACCCAUACCCAUUACAGAACGCAUCCAGCACGGAUUCACUGAGCAUCGGUAAAAGCCCGCACCUGGGACAUUUCCAGACAGAGAACGCCCAUCAAACCACACAUCAGGAUCUCGCAUCGAGUGGUCACAGCACCAGCAGCUCUUCAUCACUCUCCACUCCUCCCCCUGAUAGCCAGAGUCCAGCCCAACAAGUCCAGGGGCUCCAAAGAAUCAAUGGUGUGACUAUGGGAACACUUACCGGUGGUAUUCAAACAGUCACAUCAGCUAUUCCUGCAAUGUCGGGAGUGGGUGCAAUAAUCGGAGCAUUGCCAGCAAACCAGUUGGCGAUUAAUGGCAUUGUCGGGGCUCUGAAUGGAGUGAUGCAAACUCCAGCUACACUGCCCCAACCCACUGGCCUUACUCAUGGGACAAUGUUAUCUAAUGUUACACAUCCUAUUUCUUCCACACUAACAAAUAGUGCCUCAGGAUUAGGACUUCUCUCUGACCAGCAGAGGCAGCUCCUCCUUCACCAGCAACACCAGCAGUUCCAGCAGUUCUUGAGUUCUCAUCAGCUCACUCCUGAACAGCAUCAUACUCUGCUUUAUCAAUUGAUGCAGCACCACCAACACUCACAGCAACACCACCAGUCUGAACUACAGCAGUUGCAGCUUCCUGCUGCAGCACAAAUACCACUGAACAACCUGCUGGCUGGAGCACAGGCCACCUCUCUCCAUUCCACCAAUGCCACCAACCCCUUUCUAGCCAUGCACACUGACAGCACAGCCCAGAAAGUUGCAAGGCUUGGCGAUAAACCAGGACCAGUUAUGCAAGAUAAGAGUUGAUGUGGGAGAAAACCAGAGGUUUGCACAUCCACCUGGCACUUGAGAACUUACAGACGUCUUCCUUGAAGUAGCAAAGAAACAAUGCAAACUGAGACAAAAUGACUUGAUCUUCUUAUCCCUCCAAAACCGCAUGGACACUCAACACAUAUCAGCCUGUUGUACUGCCUGCUGGUUUCACAAGGGAUUGACAAAGCCUUCCAGGGCUUUAGAUAUUUAUUCGUCUUAAAUGUUCUUGUUGCUUUGUUGCACUGAAAUGCGACUGUAUUCAUUUGGAGAAAAGGUAAAAACACUGUUGUCACUAUGAGUGCAAUCCGGGAUGUGCGCUUGCUGGUAUGUUGGUGCAAUUCCUAUCCAAACAGUAAGUUUCUGCCACUGGUUACUGGAAGGAAAAAAUAAUAAUUGUUCGGCUCUCUCCCCAGCAGUUAUUGUUAUGCAUCUGCUGGGAAAGGCAGGGUUGAUAUAAUAUGGGGCAUAACCAUUUUAUUCUAUUAAAAGUGCCUGUUGCUGAUGAUUGAGGCGAGACUGCAGAUAAGCAGUCGCAUUGCACUCGUGGUUUGGUCUGUCUGCGAUGCCACUAAUGGCGCAGUGGUUCAGUGUUAUUUAUUUCUCAACAACUGAGUUAUAUGCAAACUUGUGGAUUCCCCAACACUCUUGUGUUCGUGUUACUUGACUGAUUUUCUUAAGUUGCCACAAUUUUGUUUUCCUGUUCAAUACUAAAUUUUCCCCUGGAAAAAAAAUUAGGAAUUGUUUCCUAAUAUUUCCAAAUAUUGGUGACUAAUGGUCACACUGAGAAAUGCUUCUUCCGGCUCCUUCACUGUAGUGGCUUUUCACUAAAAGCAAUCACUGGAUUUAGGUUUCUAGAGUGGAAACAUGGCGGAUCCAACCUUUUCACUACUUCCAUGGUUGGCUGUGGUUUUAUAUUGUUCAUUGAAAUGUAAACCUUUCAUCACCAUCCUGUUGUAAUGAGUUGCUAAUCAAAUUUAGACAGCAAUAAAAAACGUCCUGCUGUUUAGGAGGAUGGCUAGUACCAUUCAUGCUAGUACACUGACCGUCUUGCUAUAUACUUGUAUAUACAGUUCAUAUCAUUUUUUGAGUUAGAGGAAUUGCCCUUUAAAUAAUAAAAAGAAGGGGGAAACAAAUCUCGCUGCUUCCUUUCUCGCUAUUAUUUUAGUGAAGGCCGUGGUGCUUGUAGUUAAAAAAAACCCUUAUGUGUAGCAGGGUUGAAAAGAAUGCUAAAUUCAGCCCCAUUUAGUCCACUAAGCAUGUUUUUUGUAGACGCAAGUUCUUCCCUUUGACAUUUGAAAGGUGCAAAAAAAAAAAAAGACAUCUGCCUGGCUGAAGGGGUUGGACAAUCCCCAGGAACCCAUGAGGCUUUGCACCAAAAAAACCAAUGGAAGCACAUGUUCUCUCUUAAAGUUCACCUUAAAAAAAAAAAAAAGAAUAAAGGCACAUCUUUUGCAGGUAAAAAAAAA